AUGGAUGCGCAAAUGGACAUGGCCAGCUACUACGAGGUCGAUGCCAGUGGAAAACCCGUUUCUAUCUGGGUGUCAUUGGUCCCUUUCUCUAUCCAGGACAUCAAAAAAUGCGCCACCUGUCGUGGCCCAUUGAGAGACAUUGCACGAUAUGGUCGGCUUGUGCGCCGAGCUAUCCUUGAUGAGUCGACUAAAAAAUUGAUCAUCUUAACCAAUCAGGAAUAUGUCCCUCUUGCACAGGAACUUCCUCGGCUUGUUCAUGAAUUAAACGCAACUGAGGGUGAAGGAAAGUAUCCAUGGCCACCCGUGAUUGAGAUACGUGGCCCGCGAAACCAGCAGAUCCAGAAAAUGGCAGAAGUCGUCCAGAGCACAAAUCCAGGUCGAUGGGAUUCGAUCCUUGAUCUGAGAAAGCGGGUCGAUUACUAUCGGCGCCGUGUGAAACCCGAGGAGCAACCAUUUGAGAGAGUUCGGAAAAUGAUUGAGAAUGCUCGAUACCGCGGAACAAUGAAAACCAACCCUGAUGAUGUCGAUAAUGUGCCACAGACCAAAGGUUUCCUACAGGGCACUGCCCUCUUAAUUCGUCUGGACAUUGCUUUGCUCGUUGACCUUUUGAGUCUCGUUUCCCAAGGACGAUCAAGCGAGGUGACACCUCGAUUCGAGCUUGAUCUACAGAAGAACAAGGAUGAUUGCAAGACCCUCAUCCAGCAAGCAGCCACUCACCGACGACUUCUGCAGCACGUAGAAGGUCAUAUUUUCCUAGCACAGCUCUAUGCCCUUGAACGAGCACAUUGUUUGAUACCAGAGAAGAGGGAAGGUAUCUUGCAGCACGGCCAGGCUGCCAUUCAGAAAGCUAGAGAUCUUUGCGAGGCGUACCCAAGCCAGACACGAGGAUUGGCAGAUGAAGUUUACAGCGUCGAGAAGAUGUUGCGCAGAGGCACAAUGUACACAAUUAUCACCAACGGCGAACGAAUGGAAGUCAUUUCAGCGAUGGCUCAAGAGUUCAGUGGAACUGGGCAUUGGUAUUACUGUCGCAACGGACAUCCAUUUACCAUUGGGGACUGUGGGGCAGCCAGGGAGACAAGUCGCUGUCCCGAGUGCGAUUCCCCGGUGGGAGGCGAGGAUUCACAAUUGGCAGAGGGAGUUACUGCAGCGGAGGACUAG